UUGCUUUGCUUUCCCCUGACUUCUCACAUCAGCACAAGCCACUGACAGGCUCCCUUUCUGGCCGUUGAUCUGCCGUUCUGUUCCCGCUCACUGCGUAACCGAAGCUCCUAUCACCGUAUUUUCGGCUCCCGAUGCGGUGCGGGCAGCAAGGGGUUUGUCUGCCAGAGAAGUGAAAAGCGGUCGAACCGCGUGCUGAUGCGAUCUAAUGAGCUAGUAGCGGAGGCAUGAGGCUGCUAGUAACGGAGGCAUGAGGCCGAGACCAGGGUGGUCGCUGCAGCAUUUCGUGCUUCAAGCGAAAGUGAAGGCUCUUUACAGGGAUGCCCUCAGGACCGUUCGCCUCGCGCCUGCUGAGUCGAGAGCCGAUUUGCACCAGGUGAUUCGCGAAGAAAUCGAGAGGCAUGCAGGGGAGAGCGAGAUCAGCAAGAUCCGGUUCUACAUGAGCGAGGGCGUGCAGCGACUCAAGGAGCUCAAGGCCAUGCUGGAUAACCAGGGGCGCUGAGUGAAUUGUGCAGGUAGUUUGCCACGUGGCGGUUGCUGCUGUUGCAGAAAGGUGGCUGUUGAGUCGGCUCUAACGCGAGGGCAUGCAGCGACUUAAGGAGCUCAAGGCCAUGCUGGACAAUCAGGGGCGCUGAGAUAGUUUGCGACGUGGUUGGAUAUAGCGAAGCGGUAACCCCCCCCCCCCCCAAAAACAAAAAGUGGCAGCAGGUCUGCUGGGAAUGGGAGUUACGAUCAGAAUUGUGCUUCGAGAUCAUUGCAGCUUGUUGGCUGGUAGAGACUUCAGGGUGAAAGGAUAGACAAGGCGAGGCGUGGGGGAUGGAAGUGCGGGGUAGAGAGGGUCUGGAGGUGGAGGAGGAGGAAGAAAGGAAAGAGGAAGUGGGUUAUGAGGAGGGAGAGGAGGGGGACAGAGUGGAGGAGGGAGAGGAGGGGGGCGAGGGAGAAGAGGGAGAAGAGGAUGAGACAGAGGAGGAGAAUGACGAGGAGGAGGAUGAUGACGAGGAGGAGGAGGAAGAGGAGGAGGAGGAUGAGACAGAGGACGAGGAGGAUGAGCCAGAGGACCCUCCAAUGGUUCUCAUUCCAUGGCGUGCAGUACGAUGGAAAGAUGGGGGCGAAUUACAAGAGUCACAGCAAAGCAGCCUCAGCAAUCAACCGCUCCCGAUCGAUGUGUGGCUGCGGAUAGCCCAUGCUUUGGCAGAUUCGUCUCUCAGUAGGAGCGGUGUGGAGCCAGGAGCAGAUGCAGCCGAGUGCUGCUCGUGGCCCCUCGUGCUGAGUGCCGUUGCCCUCCCCUGCAUGCGCCACGCCCUCACAUCCCUCUCCUCCCUCUCCUUUGACGACACCUGCCGCUGCCCGCACUCCUCGAUCACUCUCCCCCAACGCCUUCGUAGCUUCCUGUGGCUUUCCAGACUUCCCUCCCAGCUGUCUCACCUCUCCCUCUCUCUCUCCGCCUCCCCUCCCCCUCUCCUCCGCUCUCUCGUGCAUUCCUUCCCCUCCCUCGCCUCUCUCACCUACCUCCAUCUCUUCUUCUCCCGCCGCCUCUUCCCCCCUCCUCGCCUCCUCCUCGCUCUCUCUCGCGCCUCCCGCCUCCAGUCGCUCGUUCUCAGCCAUGCGAUCAAAUUGGACGGUGGAAAUGCGAGCAAAACGGACGGCCAUGAUGGGAGUGAAACGGACGAUCAUGACGGGACGAUCAUGGUGGAGGGAGAGAUGAGGGAGCUGAUCUCAAGGAUGGAGCAAGGGGAGCCGAAACAGCCUCUCGGACAGGACGGGAGGCCCUUUGCAUCUCUCUCAUCGCUGCACCUCACUCUCGCCGUCUGCUCCCCUCUCGUGCUCCGCCUCGUCGCCUGCCUCGCCCCUCAGCUGCUCUCUCUGCGCCUCAUCUCCUCCUCUGGCGACUUUCAGGGUGGGGAAGAGGGCGAUAAGCCAGGCAAGGAAGAUGCUGAAGUCCCGGGCAUGAGAGGGAGGACAGGAGAGAGUACGAGAGGGAGAGAAGGACAGAGCAUGGGAGAAGGGGGGGGACCGCAACGAGGGGAAGGCCAUGCAGGGACACCUGAAGCAGGAAAGGCCUUUGCUUUUCACCUCCCCCUUGUGACGGAGGUUUUGAUCUCAGGGAUUGACUCUGCGAUAUCCCUGUCCGCGCCUCGCCUCACCUCCCUUGACUUUAGCUGGUGGAGUCCCCACUCUCGCCUCCUCUUGCUCCCCCCCUCCCCUCCCCAUCUCUCCUCUCUCUCCCUCACCCUCAAUCACUCCUUCCGCUGGGCCUUUCAUGCCCCUCACCUUACCUCGGUCGAUUCUCUCCGCACCAACAUGCUGCCGAAGGAUGCCGCCCAUCUGCCGCCCAGUGUGGUGAGCAGUGUCAAGGCCCUGCAGUGGGAAGUUCGACUCUCGCGGAAAGCGUCUGGUCGGCUGGACCUGAGCGUAUGGCGCAGUCUCUGUUGUUUUCACCUGACAGGUUGGCACGCAGUGUCUCUGUUGUCGCUGCGGUCAGGUGUUAUCUGGCCAGGUGGAUUGGAGGGGUUGUUUGUGGACUGCAUUGGGAGGGAUUUUCUGAGGGAGUUGAAAAGUGCGUUGAGAGAGGGAGAUGGAGAAGGCAUGUGUGAGGGGGCAGAUGGAGUGAGAAUGGCUGCUGGGGGAGAGGGAGACGGGAUGUUGGGGGGAAGUGUGGGAGAAGACGUGUUGGGAAGGGGAACCGAAGAAGGACAUGGCGUUGAGAGGAGCUUGAUGCAAGCAGUACAACGGAAGCGCAGGGAAGGUGGUUCUCCUGAAGAUGGCGAAGAGAAGCGAGUAAAUAUCGAGAUUGGGAGGCUAUGUGGCUGUGAGAGGCUUCUGUGGUUUGAAGGGUGGUAUUCUCAAGAAAGCUUGUUGUAUGUGUGGGAUGCAGCAUUGGGGCUAUAUCGGUUACCAGUAGUGAGUGAAAAAGCGGGCAGGAAAAGGAUUUCUGAGGAUGUGAGGAGUUUUUUGGAAUCCAAGGGGAUUGGCCAGCUCAUUGGGUUGACUUGAGCUAGUUAGAUCGGCCUUCUUGGUAGGGAAAUAAAGUUCAGACCAAGAAUUAUUUCUUUGCAUACUACUGCACCUACAUUGA